UUGUGGAGUUGUGGACAAGAGCAGUCGAUUGAAUUGAAGAUCGGAGAGAUCCAGAGAGUGGCAUGGCAGGAGCAGAUCUGGAAAGAGUGGUGGAGUUGCUGCGCUCGGAGCGCAUGGAUGAGCAGCUCCGGCUGCUUGGGGCGGGCACCCUGCUCGCAGAGCUGCGUUCAGCCGUCUCCGUCAUCCACAGCAACGGCACCGUCUCCAGGGGGGGGAACCAGAGGCUCAUGCUCUUCAUCCAGUCUCAGGCCGCUCCCCUGCGUGAGCUGCUGGACACAUUGCUGCACACGCGGAUAAGAGCAGAGGGAUGGCAUCAGGUGACUGCUGUCCUGUUUUGUCGCCGCUUCUCCCGCUCGUCCGCCCUCCGUGAUCUGGGCCUGUUCUUGGACAGGUUCAGAUCACUGGCAUCCUACGUGGACAGGCCCUCCUACGGCCCUGGCCUCCCGGCUCCUCCGAACAGAGACGCCCUCCCAGUCCCAGCGACAGCAUCCAUGGUGGGAAGAUCGGACCUGUUGGAGAAGAUGGUGAGCGUCUUGCUCGCCGAUCGAACCCGCUCCGACGGGCUGCUGGUGAUGCCCAUUGUCGGGGGUCCCGGCGUUGGCAAGACCGCCCUCGCCAGGGCCCUGCUGCGCGACGACAGGGUGAAGCGCAAGUUCGGCGUGCGGCUCGCGGUGCCAGUCACGCGGAAAUUCUUCCUCGAGACGACGCUGAUUCUGCUCAUCUCUCCAGAGGUAGCCGCCCAUGUCCAGUACAACUAUACUCCGGAGGUCAUGGCGAGCCGCAUCAGCCGCUCGCUGAGGGGACGGGACUACCUGAUCGUCCUGGAUGAUAUGUGGAGCGACAAGGAAGGAAAAUGGUUGGAGAUAGGUGCCCUGAUGAGGUCCCUGCCUUGGAAUGGCGCGGUGGUCGUCACCACCCGGACUCGUGACGUCGCAGCCAAGCUUGCCGGCACCAUCACAGAAGCCUCCUGCACAAACAAGCCCUUCUAUCUGCAGUCUCUGGAGCCGGAAUUCUCCUCCUCGUUCGUGGAUGAAUGGGCCGCCGCGUACUGUGGCGAUUGGCCCGGUGAGCUCUUCAGAGAAGCAGGUACCAAGAUUGCCGAUAGAUGCAGCGGCGUGCCAUUGCUAUUGCAGUAUGCAGGUGCACGUUUUUGCCAGCCGCAGGGCGACAAGUUCUGGCAAGGAUUUCUGGGGGAUACUACGGAUUCCAGCGUCCGACAUCCGGGCAUUUACUUCUGGCGAGAGGUGCUGUGGUGCAUCGACGAACUGCCACACGAUAGGUUCUGGCAGCAAUUUCUGGGGCACUCUGGUGAUCUGCCUGAUGGGAAUGCAGUCUUGGAGAGCGCUGCCGCCGGCUACCAACAUCUCCCGUCCGACAUGCGGAGCUGCCUCUUGUAUUGCUCCAUGUUCCCUUCAGGCUACGACUACGAUGUCGAGGAGUUGUCUGAUCUCUUGGCGGCGCAGAGCUACAUACCGCCCGCGGUAGCCAAAGCGCAACAGAAAGGGUUUCUGCAGCAGCUCCUUGAUGAGUGCUUCUACCCGUUGCAAGAGCAUGAGUACGGGGACAAGUGUAUGUACAGGAUGCACAAGGUGCUGCACAUCUUUGCACAGUUCAUGGAUAUGAAAACUAGUUCAGUUGUCAGAGCUGACCAGGCAACUCAGCUUGCCACUAAAGCUGCAUCCCAGAGUCUUACUUCUCUUCGACGUGCAUCGCUAAUUGUUAACCCACUGACAGCAUCGUUUCCUACAAGUUUGUUCAAGUGCGAAGAAUUGGGAGCACUGAUACUAAUUCAAGAAGGAGCAAUGUGCACACCCGACCAGCCUCGAUGUGAGAUCUCAGAGAUUCCCCAAGAGUUUUUGAAUUCAUGUCUUCGCGUACAGGCGUUGAAUUUCAGAGCUACUAAGAUCAGGACGCUUCCUACAAAGUUUGUGGAGACGUACAAGUACAACAUGAGAUAUCUCAACCUUUCGCUGACAGAUAUUGACAAUCUCCCCAGCUCAAUCGCCAGGUUGGUGUCUCUUCAAACACUCAUACUCUCGUAUUGUGACAAGCUCCGGAAGCUGCAUCCUAACGUGACCAAGCUUUCCGUCCUACAAAAGUUGGAACUUGAAGGCUGUUGCAACCUGGUCGAAUUGCCUCAGGACUUGAGCAAAAUGAAGAAGCUUGAGCACCUAAACGUUAUUGAGUGCUCAUCGCUCACUCAGCUGCCACGAGGGAUAGGCCAACUGAAAAGGCUUCAAAUGUUAUUGGGCUACAUUGUUUCCUACGCCGAUGGAAAUCCAAUGUCAGAGUUGGAAUCAUUGACAAACCUCCAUGGCCUCAGUCUGCAAAGUCUUGAAAAGGUUAUUGAUCCUUUAGAUGCAAGAUUUGCAAGAUUGAAUUACAAAACAAAUCUUGAGUCGUUGACAUUGCAGUGGAACAUGGAUGAUUAUUCGAACGAUACAAUACCAGCUUAUGCCGUACUUGAAUCUCUUCAGCCUCACCGACGCUUGAAAGCAUUGGAGAUUGUUGGAUAUGAAGGAAAGUACCUUCCUUCUUGGAUGGUCGUGACUAAACCAUAUCUGGUGUCUCUUGUGGAGAUCAGGCUGAUUAAUCUGAGGUCAUGUGAAAAAGUAUUGCCUCCACUGGGGCUACUACCAUCUCUGAAGAUUGCUGAGAUAAGUGGGGCUGAAACAAUCUGCAGCGUCAAGGAUAAUUUCUAUGGCCAUAAAGGCAGAUUUCCCUCAUUGGAGAAGUUAGUUUUCUCAUACAUGCAUAACCUUGAAAUCUGGGAACAGGAGCACCGCCCGGGCAUGUUUCCCCGCCUCAGAGAAUUGGUAAUCAUCCAAUGCCCAAAACUGAGAGCAUUGCACAUGGAGCUCCCAUCACUUGAGAAGUUGGAACUUUGGAUGAAUAACAAGAUGCUGUACGGCCUGAAAGGAGCCUUGCGAGGUGUAGCCAAGACCCUGGAGCAUAUAUCGAUUUCCUUCGGUGAAGAGCUGCUAGCUUAUUCACAAUGCGAGGGCCUGCGGGAUCUUGGUAAGCUCACCAAGCUGGAGAUAUGCGGGUGCGACGAGCUGACAUGCCUCCCACAGGGUUUGCAGCAUCUUUCAUCCAUCAGAAUCUUGAGGAUUGACAACUGCAGCAAACUGAAGACGUUGCCAGAUUGGUUGGAGAACCUACCUUCUCUUCGAAUUGUGCAGUUAUCAGGCUGUCCUCUGCUGCAGCACAUGCCUGGAGGCUUGCAACAACGUCCCAGAAUCAUACAUGUCGAGGACUGCCCCAACCUACCAGAAGAACCGUUUCCUGGUUUCCAGCGCAGCCAAUAGGUCACUAUUCACAGUCCAGCACAUCGCAUGACGAGAAGAGGAAGAAAUGAAGCCCAAUGGCCAGGAAAGGGUUGUUCCGUUGAAAGCCGGCGGCCCUCCAGCCAUAGUACGUGUUCGUGGAGUUGGGCCUCGUCACCCCCUUUGGGCCCACAUUUGACAUGGGACAUUCCUCCCUCCUAAUUAAGAGGAACCGGCUGAGACUGCAAGUCCUGCCAAUUAGCAUACGUGGAGUUGGGUCUUGUCGCCCCCCUUGGGCUGACAUUUGACAUGGGACAUUCCUCCCUCUAAAUUGAGAGGAACCAGCUGAGACUGCUAGUCCUGCCAAUUAGCAUCCGGAGAAAGCUAUAUAGCUUUCGUUGUUUGAGAUCUCGUGUAGCCCUAGUGGACCACACGAUCUCAUUCUCUCUAUCUCCACUACUCUCUCGCGCGCUGUUGCGUUCUGUCCCAAUGUCUGAGGUCGGGAUGGAAGCUGGGUGGGAGUGGCUUGGUGGUGAGGUUGCCACCAGCCGUGCGUCAUGGUAAAGGCCGGCGGUGGGUGGCGGAGGUUAGGUUAGGGUUCGUUAUUUCCGGAGGGUUCCAAUGGCCUCCACGCCGCCAGGGCUAGACAUUCGAUGGGAAGAGCCAGCGGCGGGGGUGAUGAGGACAAUCAGAGUAGGAAGGGCAGUGGUGGAUGGUGGGUGGACGGCGCACUUCCACUAGCCAAGGCAGCGGAGGAGGGUGCGGAGAAGAAGGAAACCACGGCGUAGGGAGGGGGUGAGGAAGACCGAAUGUGGGCUGGUCGGAAUGGUGGAUGGUGGGCAGGCGGUGGACUAGCCGCCACUUGCCGCGGUGGUGGACGAGCAGGUGGAGGUGGGAGGCGUUGGAGGUGGAAGAAGACGUCGGCACUUCAAGGAAGAAGAAUGCCGAUUGGUUUGUUGUUGAUGGGCCUAGCUCAGUUAACUACAUCUGGCUUUGGAAGCCAGAUAGAAGCCCCCAUGAGCACCAACAUCCGGUUCAUCAGGCUCGUCAAUCUUUUGACUGUGUCACAACAAGAACAUCGACUUUCUGUCACAACCGUCCAAGACAUGGUAGAGAAAAGAGGGCUAGGCGGUUCUUCAGUUAUGCUCUUGGCCGAUGCCUUGUUGCUCUUUUGCUCGUUAAGGAACUGUUUUCAGCUGUAAUUGAACCCUCCCCAUGAGAUGUUUUCCUCUGAUUAAACCCGACUAUAAUAUGUGAUAAACUCGUAAACUUUUACAUUGUUAGUGAAGGGUGACUUAUUAUUGAUAACGAACUAAUAAUUUUAUGACGUAUUA